AUGAGUAACGAGUACAGCCAGUUUAAGAAGCACUUCGGGUCGAAAUGGCAAGCCUUUGCUUAUCUUCAGGUGUCGCGCAUGUGCAUGCAGCGUCAGGAAGUUCAUGAGACUCCAUACGAGUUUGAUGGGCACAGGGUUGGCUACGUGAAGAACGACACUGUGAACUGGGAUGUCUCAUACGGGUAUGUCACGAUGUUCCACUACCUUCAAGAGUGGGAGGACGGCCGCCUGCAAGAACCUGUGCUGGAGUCGAAGUUGAAGCUGCAGGUCUCGUGCGGUCGCUUUGCCUACUCGGAGGUGGAGCUUCCGAAGGUCAUGCUCGGCGUCUCCGGAACGGUUGAUGACUUGACUGCAAACCAGCGUGAAAUACUGAAGCAGAUUUACGGUAUUGGUCCCCAGCAGCACAGUGUGAUGCCAUCCGUGUUUGGAGAGUCCAACCUGCGCUUCUUGGACUGCUUGCAGCAGUUCAACCCAUUGCUGAUCUGCAACGAGAGCGACCACGCUUUGGAGAUUGCCAAAGCUAUUGACGAGCAGUUGGACAACGGCCGCUCAGUUCUGGUGUUCUUCGAAAGCGACGCUGCCCUGGAGGCCUUUGCAUCCUCUUCGCACUUUCAGGGGCUGAGCUGCAGCUGCAAAACCCAGCAACUGGUUGCAUCAGCGCCGGCAAAGGAGAGGAAAAGGAUAGUGUUCAAUGCUGCAACGUGGAACCAUGUGACCCUGUGCUCUGCGGCCUUCGGCCGUGGCACGGAUUUCAUCAGCCGCGACCCUCACCUCCUUGAAAAUGGCGGCGUGCAUGUAAUCCAGACAUUCUUCUCCAGGGACAAAAGCGAAGAGACUCAGAUCAUGGGUCGAACAGCACGGCAAGGACAGAAAGGAAGCUACUCGAUGAUCCUCAGCAAAGAACAUUUGCAGAAGAUAGGCGUGCAACAGAUCCCUCAGGGUACCCCAGCAGAAUUGUACAAGAAGCUAUGUGACUUCAGAGAGCAGCAUGAUGAGGCAUGGAAGUUGGAGAUCGAGGCAAAGCUACAGGAAUCACGUAAGGAUCACGAUGAAACCUCUGCCUAUGUCGAUCGAGCAAAGACCGGAUGCCUUCAAACCAUCAGUGAUGGCUUCAAUGACUACACCUUGCGGCAGACGUCCCCGACAGGUUGCUCGAAAUGCCGUGUCAUCCUCGUGGUGGAUGCAACCUUGUCCAUGGGAAAACUAUGGCAUAGUGCUUCACGGGCAAUCAUGACAGCUGUGAAGCGCAUCCGCGAGUGGGGAGGCAUUUAUGAGUUCAAGUGGAUCGCAUACCGGGACUACUGCGAUGAGAAACUCAUCGAGCAAAGUACUUGGACGUCUGACGAAAAGGUUCUGCAGCAGUUCAUCGAUAGAAUCGAGUGCGAGGGUGGUGGCGGCAACUCUGGAGAGGCCGUUGAAGAGGGACUGAAAGCAGCCAGGCUUGAGCAUGAGAAGGAAACAGUCGCAGCAAUCGUCCAUGUGGGUGACGAGCCUGCCCGGGAUGCGAUCGAAGAGGACCCAUCGUUCAAGCAUCCGAUGCAGACUACAUACCACGAAGAGGCAGAUAAGCUCAGCGAUUGCGGCAUCGCAGUUUACAGCUACAGGGUUGGAUGGCUCGAGUCAACAAAGUUGACGUGCCAGACCCUCGCAGACAAGACAGGAGGUACAUUUGGCGACUUGGGCGUGGACGACGACAGCCUCAUCCAUGCUAUUUGCACUCGCUCAUUCAUGGCUGCAGGAGACAUGAAAGCGCUUGCUGAGUACAGGGUUCGCUAUGAGAAUGAGCAGGAUUGA